AUGGCUGUUUCUGAUAUACCUCAACUACCUUCCAUGCGUUCUUUCAAAUCCACGUCUACUUUUUGCGGACGACUUGAAAUCCUGGAGUUCUUAUGCCGGUGCACUUUAAUGCUGCAAACCAGUGGUCGUUGGACUAACACUUUCCUCCGAAUGACGGAAAGUGCGUCCAUAUGUCAUUUGGACGAGACUCAGCGAAUGCCUUUGUCGUGUAUGGUGAGAAUGGACCAGAAGACAUCACGAAGACUCAAGGCAGAGGUGGCUAGCAAAUACGGAUUAUCCUCACAGCCCCGACUGGUUGAUCUAAUCGCUGCUGUACCGUCAGAGCACAAGCAUGCUUUGCUGCCUCGCCUCAAGGCCAAACCAGUGCGUUCUGCCAGUGGGAUUGUUGUAAUUGCUGUAAUGUGCAAACCACAUCGUUGUCCCCACAUCGCUAUGACUGGAAAUGUGUGUGUCUACUGUCCAGGUGGUCCUGACUCAGACUUCGAAUAUUCCACUCAAUCUUACACGGGCUAUGAGCCCACUUCGAUGCGUGCCAUUCGUGCCCGAUAUAAUCCCUACAUACAAACUCGUCAUCGAAUUGAGCAGCUUCAGCAGCUGGGACAUGCCUGCGAUAAGGUUGAAUUCAUCGUGAUGGGUGGCACUUUCAUGUGUUUGCCGGAAGAUUAUCGCGAUUACUUUAUUCGAAAUUUGCACGAUGCCUUGUCUGGUCACUCUAGUCACAGCGUAGAGGAGGCAGUGACAUAUUCUGAACGUAGCACCACAAAAUGUGUUGGCAUUACAAUAGAGACUAGGCCAGAUUAUUGCUUGAAGAAACAUUUGGGUGAAAUGUUACGCUAUGGAUGCACCCGUUUGGAGAUCGGUGUCCAAAGUGUGUAUGAAGAUGUUGCUCGGGAUACGAACAGGGGGCAUACUGUCCGCGCCGUAUGUGAAUCCUUUCACCUGUCCAAAGAUGCUGGGUUCAAAGUGGUCGCACAUAUGAUGCCCGAUCUACCGAACGUCGGUUGGGAACGCGAUUUAGCACAGUUUGCUGAGUACUUUGAAAACCCGGCUUUCCGAUCAGAUGGAUUAAAAAUCUACCCAACCCUGGUGAUUCGCGGUACUGGACUAUAUGAGCUGUGGCGUUCAGGACGGUACCGUAGCUAUCCGUCUACCAUGCUGAUCGAUCUGGUGGCGCGCAUCCUUGCCUUGGUGCCGCCCUGGACUCGAGUUUACAGAAUUCAGCGAGACAUUCCGAUGCCUUUGGUGACCAGUGGUGUGGAACAUGGGAACCUGCGGGAGUUGGUGUUAGCCCGAAUGGCCGAGCUGGGCGCCAGUUGUCGGGACAUUCGUACUAGAGAGGUUGGGAUACAAGAAAUACAUUCUCGUGUGAAGCCCUAUCAAAUUGAGUUAAUCCGUCGAGACUAUUUCGCCAACGGCGGCUGGGAAACUUUCCUAGCUUACGAGGAUCCCUAUCAGGACAUUCUAAUCGGACUGUUGCGUCUUCGACAAUGUUCACCACAGACAUUUCGAUCUGAGCUACGCUGUAGCCAGACCACAGAUGGACAGGGUGAGGCUGACCCACGUUGCUCAAUCGUCCGCGAGCUUCAUGUCUAUGGUAGUGCGGUACCGAUUGCAGCCAAGGAUCCGACUAAAUUUCAGCACCAGGGCUUCGGUGGGCUUCUGAUGGAAGAGGCCGAACGCAUUGCGCGAGACGAACAUGGUUCCUUGAAGAUCGCCGUAAUCAGUGGAGUCGGGACACGGAACUAUUACCGAAAGUUGGGCUACGAACUCGAGGGACCUUAUAUGACCAAGAUGUUGACUUGCCGUUCGAACGGGUGAUUUUUAAAACAGACUACUUGAUUUUUAAUUGUACAUACUUGGCACUAACUACACUGCUGUGAUGAAUUUGAUGACUCGUGUUUUUGUACUGGAAGGUCACGCAAAAUGCUCUUAACUGUCA